UUUUACACCUCCUAUACUUUCCUAUCUCCUUUUUUUUCUGUUCUUUUCUUUCAUUCCCAUCUUCUCUCAUGUUUUUGUUGUUGAAAAACAAAAUCUGUUUCCCCUGACCUCAAUAUCUCGUCUUUUUUGUUGUUUGGUUCGGUCUAUAUAUAGAUAUUGUGUCAGAAGCUAAACCCUAAACGAAAAAUCCAUAAUAAAACAAUACCCUAGCUUACUAGGUUUCUCUUAUCAGUACUUGAGCAACUUUUUCAUCCCAUCCAUCGAUCCACCAUGAUGAAUACCCCUCAACAGGUGAAGAACCCUAGUACCUCUCUAAAAUCCAGGUUCAUCACCAGGUUCCUUGGGGCUUUGACUAAGAUAAAUGCUGAAGACCCCAUCUCAUCACCUUCUCCCACAAGGAUCUUCCAACGUUAUCGGAGAAUUAAGGUAGCAUCUAACAAGUCUAUGGCUUACUCGGUUAGAUCCAGGAGAAUUUGGAGUAGGGCAAUGCUUUCGAGGUUCCGAAGCCGUCGAUCGGCUUUUUCAGGCAGAAGAUCAUCAGUCAAGACCACAAAUUGUACUACUAUUAAUGUUACUAUUAAUGAAAAUAAGACUGCUAAAGGUGGGCUUGAUAUGCAAACUGAUGAAUUAAGAGAGCUUGUUCCAGGUGGUGAAGCCAUGGAUGUCUGCAACUUGUUGGAUGAGACUGCACACUACAUCAAGUGCCUUACCACCCAGGUACAGGUGAUGAGAAAAAUUGUUGAUUUCUGUCAUCUCUCUAAGUAAUCAUCUAUGUAAUAUAUACAUAUAUGUAAAUAAAUCUCAGGAACAUAUAUCGCUAAAAAAGGAAAACAAAUGUUUAUACAGGCAAGUAUUUUACAUAUUUUCUGUAGAGAGCGGAUAGCUGAAAUCUUUUUUAAAUGGCAACCAAGUAUUUAAGACACCAUGCACAUACUCUAUGACAUGUUGGGAUGGUUCCAAACGUUUCAUCAUAAACCGUUUGUAUAGUUGUUUGGUAAUUUCUAUAUAUAUAAAGUUUUGAUGUUUCAUCAUAAUCUUUAUUA